CAAAAAGUGAUACUUUUGAAAAAUAAGAGAAGUUAUGGCCUCAAAAAAAAAAAAAUAUUCUUACCAACUGGUACUAUUUACAAGUUACAAGUACCUUAAAACGACGACAUUUAACUCCACACAUUCCAAAUACGACUCCCAAAGCAACAGCUUUCGGUUGACAUAGCUUUUUGCAAAACCUCACUCUCUCUCCGUCUCUCUGUAUCUGCAUCCUCCAUUGAUGUUCAGAAUGUGUGAUUCCGGUUUUAAAGAUGAAAGUAGAAAAGGCACACAGUGGUCAGAAGGCGAAGAGAAGCCCAAAGGCUUGAACGAGACAUGUAAAGGUAACAACAUAUCUUCAGUGUCCCGAUUGGAUAUCUCUGAUCAAAAUACGGAGGAUCCAGUUGGUAAAGAGCACGGUGAAAAGCUAAAGAAGCAGAAGAAGACGACGGAGCAAGUGACGACGCAGAUGACUCGAGACGGUUCGACGGCAGAGAUGAACCGGGAAGAAUCGGACGGGGCAACUUCACCUGAUUUUCAAGACCCUAAACUCGUUGAGGUCAUCGUGGGGUUGAAGGAUGAGCUCAACUUGAAGAAUCUUGAGAUUGCGGAGCUGAGAAGACAGGUGGAGUCGUACCAGGGAUUGCAAACACGGCUACAGAAGUUGGACGAAGAUGUUAAUGGCUAUGUCAAGCACACGAAGCAUCUCUCCUUCAUAACCACUCUCUCUCAGCAAUGUAUCAAACACCUCCUCUGCUUUCCCUUCCCUUCUCGUGUGAUGCACCCAUGCAACCAACUCUCUCGACACCUUUGGCCUGAAAACCUCCAUUGGUCUUUUCCCGGUGAGAAGCUCGAGCAUGACGACGCCGAAACUGUACACGUCACCUCUCAAAGUGGCUACCCAAGCUUGUCCAUACUCUGGUGGAAUUUGUGCUGGACCCUCGGGGUUUUCGUGCAGCCAAUAAUCAAGACUUCCGUUCUCCAUGAACGAAGCGACCAGGUUUUCGUGUUUCGCCCUGGACAGAACUUCGACCUCUGCCUUGAAUUCUUUUUCCAUCAUACCAUAGUCUCCUGUGAGUUUCUUAACCGCCAGUUUCGUCCCGUUAUCCAAGGUUGCCUUGUAGACAAGACCAAACCCGCCGCAGCCAAUUAUAUUAGCUUGGCUGAAGUUGUCGGUAGCUUUCAAGAGCUCAAAUAUGGUCAGGUCUUUUACUUCGUAUCUACUGUUUCCAAACAGCAGCACGAGGCUUAUGUCUUUCUCCGAACCUGGAGGGACUUCAGAGUACGAGGCAUUGGAAUUUAUCUCCAGCUCGGCGUUCUCAGAGUCUCCUGGGUUAACCCUCCUCUUGGACAUCACCACCAGAGCAAGCAACACCAAAAUCAAACUGACGCCAAAGAAGAUCCCAAUGACAAGCCCCAAAACAAGCGUUUUGUUGACCUUUUCUUUACCCACCUUUGUGGUAGAGACAUGAAAUGGAGUCCCGUGAGCGACCAAGGGAUUCUACCGGAUAGAUUGUUGUUGGACAGGUCCAGCCUCUCUAAGUUUGUGAGGUUUGACAAUUCAUCUGGGAUGCUGCCAGAGAAAUUAUUACCUAAAAGCUCAAGGACAUGGAGAACCUUUAGCUGUCCAACCUCGACAGGCGGGAGGCUGGUCGAUAAGUUCUACGCUCUUGAGAUUGAUCAGCCAAGCUGGUAUUUCACCUUUCAAUCUGGAUCCACCCGUACCAAAGAUCUGGAGAUUUGGAAAUCCAUCUGGCGCAAGAAAGUCCUUGUUGCUUGGUAUCGUUUCGUCGUAAAAGUUCUUUGCAAUGAUGAGAGUAGACAGCUUCCUGCAGCCCUGCAGAAUGCUGAGAGCUCCCGAGUAAACCCUCGAGGGGAAAUCGCCGGUGAAGCUGUUGUUUCCGAGGUCCAGAAUGUUGAGGCUCUGAAAACGGGAAAAGUCUAG